CUUCAGAGCCAUUUAACUGGGAGUUUAUGGAGGCUGCAGCCGUGGAAAAUGAAGAUCUCCUCUGUGGUCUUCGCUCUCCUGACUCGAGCACUGUUUGGAGAUUUGUGUUUGGCCAUCAAUGUCACCAUCACCCCAUCCCCCUUCACCGUGGCCCAGGAGGGUCAAAAUAUCACUCUCUCCUGUGUUGUGUCCCAGCGGCGCCGAAAUGCCGCUUUACCGGUAGUAAAAUGGACUUUCCUACCUGCGGGCACAGACAGGCAGGAGGACGAACUCCUAAUCGCCCGCGUCAACAUGAGGAAGGCCCGUUUCUAUGGCAACUACACCAAGAGCUUCCCGUGGCCCAAACUGAAACUGACGGUGGUGAAGCAGGGGAAGAUCUUUGACCUGCUGAUCUUGAACGUGUCCGAGGGGGACCGGGGGCUCUACAUGUGCCGGGUGCAGGAGUUUAAAAAGCACCAGGACCGCUGGAAGGCCUCAUCCAACUCCACCGCUGCUACCGAGCUCAGAGUGCAUGUCGUACCGGCCACCAAGGCCAAAGAAAGCCUGUGGAGCUUGUUUGAAGAUGUGUACCUGUGUGCAGUGCUGAUCUGCUCAGUGGGCCUGCUGUGCAUGUGCAUGUUCACGGUGACUGUAACCUGCCAGUACAUACAGAGGAAGCAGCGGUUAAAAGAUAAUUACCACCUGGUCAAAAGCUCACAUAACAGCUCGGGAGAGACAGUUACCAGUGUGGUCAGUGUGUCUCCUGCUCUGCCGGAGAAGGAGAGGAGGUACAGGAAGAAAAGGAGCAGAGACUACCAAGAGGAGAUACCACCAGAGAUACCAGCCAAAGCUCCUAUUGGAGACAAAACAAGGAAACCCAAACUUUUAAAACCACAACCAAGGAAAGUAGUGUUGCCGAAGAUAGUGGAGGAGAAUCUGACCUACGCAGAGUUGGAUCUGGUGAAGCCAAUUCCAGAAGCCAAGGCGUCACGUAGUGGCACCGUGUACGCUCAGAUACUGUUCGGGGAGCAGCAGCUAUGAGAGAAAUUCAUAUACCAUUAAUAAUUGUGCCUUAUGUAAAACUAUUGUCUAUUUAUAGUCUGUAUUGUUUUGUAUUCAAAUGGUUUGUGAAGGGCCAAAUGUGUAACGUCUAAAAUUAUGACAAAAUUGUACAUAUGAUUUUAUAUGAACUUUGAUAUAACAUUUAUGAGACCAAGAUGCAAAAGGGAAAUGUUUUGUAUACUGAUAGUAUUUUUCUUUUGCAUGUUUGAAUCCUGUGUAGCUCAAACUGGGAACACAUUAGAAGACUACAGUGCUGAUUUAGACCAGAUCCCUCCAUCAUCACAAUCCGUACGGAGAUUGGAGGCUUGAAUUUGCAGGCUAAUCUGAGCCUCCUCGAUCAUAUCAAACAUGAUUCAGUCGGUAUUUGCAACGUGAUGUCAACAGGUCAAAGUCCGGUGGUGUGUAGUUAUCACAGCCACUGAACUCAAGUUUACUCUGGGGUGAGUUGUUGGGACCACUAUCAUGUCUGUGCCUUAAAUGUGGAGCUAGAACCAGGAGGUAAUUCAUUAGGAAUCUUGCCCACAGAUUACAAAUCCAAGAACGAGGUUUAUAAACCAUGUGCAUGGGUUUCAAAUCUGUGGGCACGGAUUUGUAAACCAGAGAACAGAUUAACACAUGGCUCUUUUUUUUUCUCAGCUGCAAUAAGGGGACUCCAUAAAUUAGUGAGCUUCAGAGGCAUUGGUAUUUGUAUUUUUGAACUUUGUAGACAACCAGGCUAGACGUUUUCCCCUGCCUCCAGCCUUGGACUUUCCCAAGCUAAGCUAAUUGCCUCCUGUCUUUAGCUUCAUACUUAAUGUACAGACAUGAGAGAGAUAUUGAUCCUCUCAUAUGAGCUAUUAUCCCAAAAUAUCGAACUAUUCCUCUAAAAUUCAUGAAUGGACAUUAUUCUGGAAGCUGGCAUUUUAUUAAAUUGGAAUACAAGAAGGCUCUAUGUAAGCAACAAAAUGUCAUUUUGUUUGCUGCACUUCAUAUACUGAUAUAGCAAUUUAUUUGUUCCCGUGACAUCCUCUUCCACGUUUCUUUGACACUCAUUUACACAGUGAAUUGUGGGAAAACCCAUUGCAAGUGAGUAGAUUUACAAACAGGAGACUAAAUACAUUUAAGACAUCCGUUGUUAUGAAUGUGAACCAAUGCAAUUUCAAAUGUGAUUUACUUCUAGUGUGUUCCCAGGAUUAUCUGCCUCACAACAUUUGUGUUCAGUCUAUUUUUGUGUGUCAGGCUGCAGUUUAUAACGACCACAACUCCACAGAGUUGAUAUUAAAGUAGCAAUUAGCCCCCAGUGAUAAGAACCCCCCUCUCCGAGGCAUUUAUGUGAGACCAUGCAAGCCCUUUCAUCUGGUGCCAACAUCAACUUAACAGGCUGUUAGCAACACACACAUGUAUAUACAUACAUGCAAGGGUGGAGUUGUAUGUAGGAGAAAUACCAUUGUAGCCUCAUACACAAAGGCACAUAUUUUAAAUGGAAAAAAACAAUUGUGACACCAGAUCUACAAACAGGGACAAACUAAGACCUGUGUUUGGAUUAUUGCAUAUUAAUGUAAGUCACAGUUUACUUAAAAACUUAAGGUGAUUUUGUUGUUUGAGAUAAGAGCCAGAUGCCACAUCGGCUGAAAUCCCACAUACCUUUGCUACGGUCUUCCUGCUUUCUCACUUUCCAUGAAUCUGAGCGUGAAAGUGCUUAGGAGUCUUUUUCCAUUUAAUGGUCCUCUGGAUUCAGGCAUGGAAAAAGCAAAGGAGAGUUUUUUAAACAGUGAACUUGAAACCCAGACACAAAGGCACCGGAUCCCUCCCUUCCCCCAAGACUUCCACUAUCUUAUGUGGAGUUAUCCGUGCAGAUGGAGAAGUCGCGCUUUCUUCGGCACGCUUGCUCAGGUCCUUCUGAACUCCAUCCUCAAGUGCUGUUUUGCCCCUAUUUUCAGUAGCAAACGUCUGCUAAACUAGCUAAUAAUCUGGUGACUAAUAGUUUGAGAGAGCAUGCAGUCACUUGAGUAAAAUGAUUUGACUCUUCUGUAAAAAAAUGUAAGAAUGAACAUAUAUGUGGAAUUUGCCUUACAAUUAUGUAACCACUUUCUAAGAAACUAUGUAGCAACUAUGGUUUGCUAGCUAACAGUUGAUAUACACAUAGAAUUCUGUCUUUUUGUGCUGUCUCCAGACACAAAACGACAGAGGUUAUCCAUGUCUGUUUGAAAAGUCAAGCUGUAUGAUUGUAGCCUCAAUCAACACUUGUAGCACAAAAGCUGACUUCCAAUGCAGCUGCCUGUCACUUGUUAAAGCCCAACAAAUGCGGUACAGGACAGUAGUAAGUUUUCUUGUCUUCUAUGUAUUUGGACAUUUUUAGUCCCCCCCCCCCAUUAUGUAUUACAUUACAAUGUAGAGCAAUCCACUGUUGACCUAUGCAUUUGUCAGCAUUCCAAUUUCCCACUGUGGCUCUCUUCUGUUCAGUUUAGUUGCACAGUCUGUAUUAUCCCCAUAUGAAGUGACUGAAAAAUGACCUUUCAGUGGUGGCUAGGAGUGUCUUAAAAAUGCCCUUAAACUGUGAAAUGUAAAGUUUCUUCCAGACUCCAUUGUCCUUAAUGGGAGUCUGCUAACUAGAACCAUGUGUGUGAAUGGUGCCUCUCUGCUCUCACCCGCUUUCUCUCUGCCCACCGCUGACCUCUCAUCAACAUUCCAGCAUUUUUGCUCUUGUUCAUUUGGUUCAUUUCAGCUGUACAGUUUGUAUCAAUAAAUGAAAUAAAUAUGAAAGUGGAUGUAAGCAGUAUGCUGCCAG